AUGGACCAGGAGGGGUGGAGGAGCGCAUCAUCCGGCUCCUCAGAAGACUGGCUCAGAGAUGGGUGGCCGUCGGUACGGGAACUUGGAUUGGACAGAGGGUCGAAGUGCAUGGGCACUCUUCUGGGGGGCCACAUGGCGGACAUGGCGUCGCACCAGGUCGACAGGGUGCGCAAGGGAAAGGAUGAAGUAGGGGGGAGUGUGAAUGUCGGUGGUGUGGUGGUGGUGUGGGGUGUAGCGGUGACUGAGGUUGGGGUUGGUCCCACUGUUGGCCUCGAGGGUUUGCACGUGGUGGUGAUGCACGGUGGGCAUGGUUCAGGGACGGGACAGGGAGGACAGAUGUCCCCGAGACAUGGUGGGCACAUCGGGGGUGCUGGACAGCUGGGACAGAUGACGCAGAGGUGGGGUGGUGGAAGCGGUAUGGGCACAGAAGUUCCAGUGACCUCUGGAGCUGGGACUGCAUUCACUGCGUACAGCACCCCGAUGAUUACUGCCAGCCUUUGA